AUGUACAGAAUAGACGUUUCAGAUUUUUAUGACUUCCAAGCGUUCAGAAAUAUGUGUCCAUUUAGAGACUAUAACAAAGCAGUCGAGAAUUUGAAACGUUUAGUCAUUUAUGUCGACUCUGCCCCAGAAUGUUAUGUUAUGAAAGAAUGGGAUGUUGUCUUUAACAAACCAAGAGCAACCAUAGUUUCAGAACAAGAAUGUAGACAGAAACUUAAGAAAAUAAAAGUUGUACAAGUUGGCAUGAAGAUGUUAGAUGCUUGGGAUAUCUUAUUGUCAAAGUUAGAAGAUUUUUCAGUUCGAGGUAUAAAGUUCUAUACACCAUCUCCAAACUUCUAUUCUAUCUUCACUGGAUAUAAAUACGAACAAGUAGAAUGGAAAGAAAAUGUUAUAGAAGCUUGGUUAGACCAUGUCAAAGAAAUUAUAUGCAAUGGAAACGAAAGAGUCUAUGAGUAUAUCUUAUGUUGGUUUGCAAACAUCUUACAAUAUCCAAGUGCUAAAAAUGAAACUGCUCUCAUUAUAAUUGGAAAA